AUGAUCAAGAAAUCAGAGUCCCCCUACCAUUGUAACAACUCCGCGAAAAGUGCGAGUUCGAAAUCCAAAUUCCCCCUCCUAUUUGGGUCGAUUUUUUACGUCCCCCCCUACAAUCGAAACAAAAUGCACCUGUCUCCUACUGUAUCGAUACAAUAUCAUGUGUCCCCCCCUGACACCGAAAGAUUUUGA